AUGGAAUAUAAUCGUCAAAGUAGAAGGGAUUCUUCAGGAUUGUUUAAGGCUAUUGUAGAUUCUUCAUCAAUGUCAGUUAAAGAAGCUCUAGAUAAUUGGCUUAAAGAAGGAAAUGAUUUGUCCAGGUGGGAGAUAUCAUUUCUGAUGCCUGAACUCCGCAAGCGAAGGAAGUAUUCAGAGGCUGAGGCUUUUCAGGUGUUAGAAUGGUUGGAGUCACAUGAGAAGGUAGAAUUUGGGGAGAAAUAUUAUGUUCAACGUGUUGAUUUAGUUGCAAUGGCAUGGAGUUUACAAAAUGCAGAAAACUACAUCAAGAACAAGAUUCCUGAGUCUUUUAAAAGAGAAGUUUUCUACCAAUAUCUCUUAGCUAAUUGUGUUCUCAACACUAACACAAAAGAAAAAAGCAGAGCAAGUCUUCAACCAAAUCAAAAACCUGAAACUCUCUAUAUCCACUUUUUCUUGAGAUCAAAUUCUUCUUUUAUACAAGAGAACUGA